UUCAAAUUUCACAUUAAUCUAUAGCGCUGAACACGAGCUCACGUUCUUAUCAACAGCAUAGUUCAUCAGCUGAUUUUGACAGCCGCUUUUUACCAAUAACAAAACAACAACGCGUGCUUGCAGCUCGCAAAUCGGUCCUUUUUACCUUAGAUGUGUGUAGUUUUCCACAAUUUGCAUUAAACAUUAAUUAAAAUGAGUGUGCGACUGUUAAAUGUGACCAGUAAGCUGCAGAAAUUGACUUGCACCAGCAAACGCAUCGGCUAUCAUCCCAUUCUAGCCAAAAUAGGUUAUGCAACAAGACCAACGCAGAAAUUGUUGCAGCCAUCAGCUUUGAGCAGCACCAAUGCUAUAUGCAGUAAAUGGAAUAUACUGAAAAAUCCCUUUCACAAUGGUUAUUCUACAGCCGCUAAAACAACUGCGCCAAAAACGCCUGUACUCACAGUGCUAUUGGAGAAGAUAGUGGGACUGCACCAAAACACCGGUCAACUUAGCUUCGAGCUGUGUGACAAAAUCAUCACGCAAUUGGAAAACAACCCGACCGUUUACAAUCAACUGCUGGACGGUGAACAGGCACAUUUUCUGCUACGCGCUUGCGGCACACAAAUGCCAGCACGUCCAAGCACCACGCGUUUGGAGCUUUUCCAGCGCUUGUGGUCCUAUAUGUCUCAGCAUGCACAGUUGAAUGCGUCACAUUAUAUAACUUGGCUACAUGUGCUGCAGCACAAUCGUGCACCAUGCACUGAUUUCCAGAAAUUUCUCGAGGAGUUCAACAAAUUGAAUACAAGUAAUGAAUACGCGUUGUCCGAUAUCUAUGCAGAACUAUUGGAUACGGCUUGUGAAGCUGGCGAUAUGCAACAAUCAACGGCGCUGCUUGCAGAAAUGCGCACACAUGACUUUCCGCUAACUGAACGUCACUUUAAUGCGUUGCUAUCGGGACACUCGCGUAAUCACGAUCUGGCUGGUUGCCGCUCGGUGCUCGACAACAUGAAUGCGGCGGGUAUCAUACCCAGCGCAGAAACACACUCCUUAAUGGUAUGUGCAUAUUUGGAGAACGACGUGGCGGCAAAAGCAUCCGAAGUGUUGAAUCAAUUUCAUGGACAAUUCAACGCGACACAGGUAGUGCGCAUGCUACGCAGUCUUCUAUACGUAAAAGCGCCACAAAAUGAGGAGCUUAUUAAGCAGCUGGUACGUGAAUUACCCAGAGAUUUCACGGAAGGUACGGAAGUGCCAAUACCACUACGUCACUUGUGUGUGGAACUGCUGCAUAACGGCAAUCUAGCGACAGUGCAAGCCAUUAUCUUCAACUUGCCCACACCGCGUUUCAACGAAAACCAAAGCAUCGACACCUUUGGCGUCUUUCUGCUGCAAGAACUCUUCCGGACUAAAAAUAGCGCCGCGGAGAUUAUUGCGGUAGCCAAAAUGCUGCAAGAUAGCAACAAGAACACACGUGCACUGCACAUUGCCACUGAAAUAGCGCUGCGCCGCAACGCCGAGUCGGCAAUACCAUUCCUGCAAUCGUUGGCAGAACAGGAGCCACUGCGUCCACACUACUUUUGGCCACUACUCUUGCAGAGCCAUGAACAAUCGGGCGAAGCUGGUUUGCUGAACGUACUGAAGCAAAUGAACGCGUUAAAUGUGAGCUGCGAUCGCGAGACCAUUGGUCUCUAUGUAUUACCCAAUUUGCCGCUGACGCUUCAGCAACCUGAAAAAGCAAUAAAAGCGCUUGAUGAAGCAGGCGCCAAACCUUCAUUGGUGUUAAUUGAACUAGUCAUGUAUUUACUGUUGCGACAGCGUUUUGAGGCGGCGCAUAAUUUGCUCGAGUUGUACCCGACCAAAGUGCAAGUUGAACAAUUGGUGCCAACGCUUGCGAAUGCAACGGUCAAUGUGCGCGCCACCAAGCGUUACCAACAAUUCGCUAAACUGCUGUCCGCACUGGCAAAGAAGAACGAAAACCGCAAAGCUGACUGGAUCGGGCAGUUGCUCUUGAGCAUGGUACAAGGUCAAUUGCGUCUUCGCAGUGAUCUCAGAGCGCUGCAACGUUUCGUUGACGAAAUUUCCAAAUUCGGUUUGGCAAUAUCGCCCGCCGCCGCCAACACUAUAAUAACAACGCUCGAGGAGCAAAUGAAUAAGGAUGAGCACUUGUCUAAGCUGAGAGAGGCGCUGCGUAAAAUAACCGAUCACAAUGUGAUGCUGCUGCAAAGCGCCAGCACAGCGGGCAGCAAUACCGGUUCGACUUUCGUGAAGCAUCCACGUGACAUGACGCUCGACGAGUUGGAAUGCCAUCUUGUCGAAUUAGAAGCGAAAGGCAUGAAUACGCGUGGGCUGCUGCGCCGACUUUUGCAGCUAUGCGUGCGCGAUGGACGUUUGGAGCGCGCGCUGGAGAUUAAGGCCAAGUGUGAUCAACUGCAGGUACAGGUCAGUGCUGGCAUGUUGGCGAGCACGCUGGAUUUGUACAUCAAAGUCAAUGAUCUGCCCAAUGCCGAGAAGUGUUUGAAGCGACUGCAGCAAGAGUUCCCAGACUUCUCGCUGGACGAACACAAGUUCAUCGACUAUGCAGCGCUGCUGGUGCACCACAACCAGCUGGAGGCGGCCACGCAAUUGCUGCAGACGCGUGCAACCACACAACGCGUCAACGGCGGCGACUAUGUCAUUAAAAAUGUUUGGAAUUUCCUCACAAACGUCGCGCAGCUGGCAGCAAAAAUGCCGGAACUCGAACCGGAGCGCAACCUGACACGUGAACACUUUCACUUCUUGCAAAAAUUGCGAUACUGCAAUGCGCAUAACUCGGUCUUGGGUCCGAUAGUGCGCGAGCGCUUGCUGCGCGGCGACAUUAAGGGCGCCGUGGCCGAUUUCAAAAAACUCGCCGAGCUCUACAAACACACGCCGCUGCAGUUCGAAUUGCUCUCACUGCUAGUGCGACUGAGCAACGGCCACGAAACAGUGGUGACGCAGUAUGGUGGCGUUACUGGCGAUGAGGCACAGCAGCUCUUGAGUGAAACGUCCAGCGCCAUCUCCAAAGUACAUGGCGCCCUGAACAUGAAUAGUGGUCUGCUGCUAGCUUUCGCAGAGUCCGGCACGGAUAAUCAGUUGCGGCGACUGCUCAUCAAUCCCGAGUUCCGCAUCAAUGAGAGUUUAUUGAUGAAGAACUGCGAGUACUUGGGCGAGGAGGGCGCUGUAAGUACGCUGCUGCGUUUGGCGCGUGGCUCACGCGGUUUCGGACGCGUUAUUGACGAACAAAACAUUUACAAUAUGCUGCUAACACACUUUGCCAAGGCGAAUAAUUGCCAAGCAGCGUUGGAUUUGUACGAGCGGCUCGAGGCGGACGACGACCUGAAGAUAUCGCAAGAGUUUCUGCGAAAUCUGGUGCAAUUGCUGCGCGUCAACAACAUCGAAAUACCCAGCAGAGUGGCGCUGCGAGCGCAAAUCAUGUAGUGUAUACCUAGCCGCGCGUUGUUGUUAAUUUAGUUUAAGUCGUAUGUAUACUAAUUUAUAGGUUACGAGUACGAAUUGCAAACGCUUUCGUUUGACUAUGUAUGAAGGCAUUUGUGUAAUUAGUAAAUAAAAGUAGCAAACUCUUCAA